UGAAACUGAAAGACAGCAGCAGAAUACAUAGCACAAAAGAAAGAAAAAAAGUCCCAAAAUACAAUUGAGCCGUUAAAGAAGCAGAGGAAAAGAAACAAAGAGAAAGAAGAAUGUAUUCACCCUCAUUGCUACGUCGUUUCUUCUGCUUCAAUUCAGCAUCAUCGUCAUCAGUAACUACUUUUUCUUCGACUAAUUCCAAGAAAAUGUCACUUGUCUUCUUUGGUUCUCCUCAGGUCUCUGCAACAGUUCUUGAUGCUCUCUUUAAUGCCUCUGCUGCACCAAGUUCUUCUUUUGAGGUUGCAGCCAUUGUUACCCAGCCACCUUCUAGAAGAGACAGGGGCAGAAAGUUGAUGCCUUCACCGGUGGCACAGCAUGCUCUUGAUAGAGGCUUUCCUUCUGAGCUAAUCUUCACACCUGAACGUGCUGGAGAGUCUGGUGGAAGGAGAAGGCCUACUAAUUUUCUUUCUUUCGUUUUUUUCCUUUCUGAGACCUUCUUGUCCAGUUUAAGAGCUUUGCAGCCUGAACUUUGUAUUACAGCAGCAUAUGGAAAUAUUUUACCGACCAAGUUUCUCAAUAUUCCAUCAUUAGGCACGGUCAAUAUACACCCAAGUCUGCUGCCAUUUUACCGUGGUGCUGCUCCUGUUCAAAGAGCACUUCAGGAUGGUGUUAAAGAGACGGGAGUCUCAUUAGCAUUUACUGUACGUGACUUAGAUGCUGGACCUGUCAUUGCUCGUGAAAGACUGGAAGUUGAUGACCAAAUUAAGGCUUCAGAUCUGCUAGCAUUACUAUUUUGUAAAGGGUCUAAACUUCUUAUAAACAAACUUCCUUCCAUAUUUGAUGGAUCAGCUAAGGUGAAUGCAGAACCUCAAGAUGAUUCUAAAGCUACCUUGGCUCCAAAGAUAACUCCUGAAGAAUCAUGGCUAUCCUUUGAUGAAGAAGCUUUAGUCCUACAUAAUAAGGUUCGUGCAUUUGCAGGCUGGCCAGGAACCCGAGCUAAAGUGUUAGUUGUUGAUGACAAAAGUAGCAACCAUAAUGUCCUGGAACUUAAAAUCAUCACCACAAUAGUACGGCCUGAUUAUAAAAUUCAGGGCAAUGAUGUAAAUGACAUUACUUUUGUCAAGGGUGCAUUGUUAUUUCCAUGUGGAGGAUGUACAGCUCUUGAGGAAACCUUUAUUCUUUAUAUUAAAGCUGUUAAUGAUAAAUUGGCCGAAUCUAAUUUUCUAAUCUCCAAUUCCUACAACCAAAGGCUCUUCCUUAGUUUUUUGGUUUCUCUGGUUUGCUGGUCCUGAAGCAGGUAUUGGAGGUUCAACUUCCUGGUAAGAAGGUGAUAACUGCGACUGCCUUUUGGAAUGGUUUACGUGGUCAAAGGCUGAAGACACUAUAACAGAGGACGCAUUUUACAUUUGACUGGCAGUGUAGAAUUUCCGUUGAGAUUUGGAUUGAAAAACUUCUAAUACUUGUCCCUGUUAUCGUUUGUGAUACAUUCACGUUUUUAUGCAAUGUCAUAUUAACCCUCAUUGCGUUUGAAUGGACCAUGUGCAACUUGGAAGCGUUAACCUCCAAAUUCUAUUUCAUAGUUGUGCAUCCCAUCAACGUGAUCAGCACAAAGAGCAAAAAAUGAGUAUCCGCACACCUUGUCUCUGUCAUCCGGGCUAAGCUGUCCAAAAUUUAAGAUGGUAAAACGAUCUUAGUUUUGUCCAGGUUUGUAUUGUCCAAUUUUAUAGCUUUUGCUUAAUUUAUACUCCGGGAUAUUCCCACAUGAUAUUGGCAAUAAGCUGUGAUUGUUAACUCUUUUAAGAGUAUAUAAAAGGAACUGGAAAGCAAUUCUUUCUAGUAACCAUGAAAUAUAGGUUUCAAACUGAUGAUUCACACUUGCUUGUAAAUUUCAAACAUGACAUGCAGCAAAACUAAGCUUCCUGCGAAUUCAUUUAGCCUUGGCCAACAGCAUGAUAAUCAUUUUCACUAUUUCAUUUUCAAACAGGAUCAGGAUCUGGGCAUCUUUUUUAUCUUGAUUCUUGACCUAAGGUUUAAGGUUUAGGAACCUAUGAACUUCUGUUAUCAAUUCCACGAUAAUCUUGUGGUUGCUGUAUGUCAUAUUGCUUUUUUAAUUGUCUUGCAUAUUGCAUUAAGUUUUACGUCUCGGUUUAAUCUUUUUCAACUUAUUCCACAGAACAAAUGUUACUGAGUGUCUUUGAUAAUAUGAAUGAACAAUCUUCAUUUAGAAAAUUGAAUCUUCUGGUUGGCUCUCUUAGCAAUUAUAAGAGAAAAUAAGAAAAUAUACGUCUUUUGAACGAUCAAGUCAAUUGAUUUCUUUGUUGUUGCCUGUUCAAGUUAUAUGAUUUCCUUUCGAACAUGAAAUGUCUUAUUUGGAUAGAGGAAUGGGGAAUUCAAACAUAGAUGGUUGAAGGGUAUUAUUAGUUGGAUAUGUCUUAUUUGUGUCAUUGUAUACGAUUUGUUCCAAGAGAAUACCCCAAUGAUUAGAACUUAGAGACAUCAGCGUUUUGAUCUUGUAUACGAAUCUUGAGGAGAGUAGUGUUAAUGGGAUGGAAAGGGGAAGGAAAGUCAGUGGAAAGAAAAUAGUGCAUCUUUCCUUUUUUUUUUUUUCCUUUUUCUUUAUUUGUUAAGAAGGAAUAAAGAGGGAAGGAAGAAAAUGAAACGAUGUGCACUUUUUUUCUUUCAAAUUGAAAGGAAUUUGGAUGGAAAA